CGCGAAAAAUGAUGAACUCAUUAGUCGGCCCGUACUCAUAAGUCCAUGGGCGGAGCUCGGCCCAUAUUUGAUUACAAGCUGGGCGCAUUCAGCGAUGUAGGAGCCCAGUUCGGGAUUUUGCUGAACUUAAUUCGAGAAAGAAUAUGCGGACGGAGCCGAAGAAGAGAACGCGCGCGAGAAGCAGCACACGAUGAUGUUGAUUGGGCGGUGGAGGCAGCCCUGCUGCAACGCCUCGUUUCUAUGUUCUCUGGGGAAUUUCGUCGAACACCUUCCGCUUCCAACUUCCUUAUCAGUUCGUCCGACCAGAAUCCAGGGGAAAUCUGUUUCUGCUGUCGUAAUUCGCAGCUCUUCCUACUUCGAAGCGUUGAAUUCCCGCCAACAGGACCAGAUUAGACUCUAUGUCGAUACUCUUCUCCAGUGGAACCAGAAAAUGAAUCUCACUGCGGUCACGAGCGUCGAUGAAGUCAUGGAGAGGCAUGUGGAGGACUCGCUUGCCCUGAUUCCUCCGAUAAACCACUCCUACUCUUCAAACUGCAGUGGUUCAGUUGACAGCCUGAGUGUCGUUGAUGUUGGCACAGGCCCCGGGCUUCCAGGGUUGAUUCUAGCAGCCGCUUGCCCAGGCUGGAAAGUAACACUUAUGGAAUCCAUGAAAAAGCGCUGCGAUUUCUUGGAGCAUGCAGUAGACAUCACUGGGUUAUCCAAUGUUCAAGUGGUGAGGGGUAGAGCUGAGAACUUAGGGCAGGAUGUUUCCUUCAGAGAAGAGUUUGAUGUUGCGGUGGCUAGAGCAGUUGCUGAAAUGAGAAUUCUAGUGGAGUACUGCCUGCCUCUGGUUCGUGUUGGUGGGCUGUUUGUUGCGGCGAAGGGUCACAAUCCAGAAGAGGAAGUUAAAAGUGCAGAAAGAUCAAUGCAACUGAUGGGUGGCUCUUUGCUGCAACUGCACCCAGUGAAAUCGCAUAGCCCACAUGGACAGAGGACUGCUAUCAUAUGCUUAAAGGGUCGCCACACCCCAAAGAAGUACCCACGUGAACCAGGUACACCAGCAAAGUCACCAGUUUGAUAUCCAUUCAUAUCCUUGUAUGACCUUCACACAUCUUCUAAAAAUUAAAGAUGAACAAUUGUAGGUUGUAUUCUCACGUCUCAUCGUUGGGUUCCAGUGAGGAAAAAUUGUAUCGCAAUCAUUUUCCAUGCUGACUUGUGAUAGCAUUAGUUAUAUUAUUUUUGACAUAUUAUUCAUUGGUGAAUGUGAUCUUGAAAUUCUGGCAACUUAGCUAGUUGAAUAUAUAAGGAACUAGAACUCUAGUAACUCAACGAUCCUAAUACUCCAUUAUGCAAAGGACUUGUAGUUUAAGGAUCUUCAGUGUGAAUUGUGAAGCCAAUUUGCCACAUACUAAGUAGCUACUGCAUAAAGGCUUUCUAGGGGUUGUAUUACAUGAAGCAAAUUAGGUACUGAUAGUGAAUCAUUUUCAUCUGUGCUUGUCUUUGCUGAAAGUCUAGCUUCCCCGAUAAGGUCAAGAUCACAUGUUUAGUUACUGAAACCCAGCUCCAGCACUGUUUUCCCAGCACUCUUUCUUUCCUGUUAGUUUUAUUCUUGGACUUAAAAUCUUUUUUUUAGUUCAUCCAUGAAUGCUUUAUGCUUAUACUUUUAAAGUUGAAAAGUAUUGUCCUGGUUGCUGCCUUCAUUUACCUACUUCCUUUUAUUUAAUCUAGACCAAGGAAUUGCUUGCCUGCCUUUCUGUUUGGUACUUAAGCUACAUGUGAGACAGGAGCCCCAGAAUUGCAGGGGGUUAGAAUUGUAUAUAGGAACCUAAACUGGAAGAUAAUGUUGUUUUCUCACUUGAUAUUUUCACCAAGUGGCCAGGUUUCAUUUUGUCAAGAUUCCUUACAUAACGUGAUAGUGAAAGGGUUUUGUUUUGAAGCCUUGGUAAGUAGAUUGAGUAGGUUAGAAUCGUAGUGUUAGUAUUGGCAUGGAAAGAGGAACUUUACCUAACUCUCCUCCUAAUAGGGUUUCUUUUGUUUAUUCGAAUCAGUAACCUCAUUGGUAACCAUUGUUCUUUGUUUAUUAAGCCUAGCAUAGAUCCUUUACUACAUAUCUCUCCCAAAAGGACCCAAUGUUUGGGACCAUGUUCUCCAUUUCCUUGUUAUGGCAUGACUUUCUGAUCUGUAUCAGUGUGCCCCCAAUUAUUUUAUUUCCCCCUGCCAGCGAUAGAUGGAGAAUGCUUUUUCCCAUUUGCCAUUUGGUGUCUAAAGGCCAAACUAUAGCUUGCUCCAUAUUUGUUUGCUUUGAUUGCUCACUUUACAACAGAAAGGUGGUCGGUUUUGCGGUACAGUUGAGCUUUCAGGUAACCCUACUUGAACCACAAUAAUAUCUCAUUGAAAUAUUCUUUUUUUUUUUUUGGGGUAGAAAUAUUCUAAUAUAGAUUUCAUGCAACAAAUUAAAUUUUUUCUGUUUAUAUAAUCGUAAUUCCUACGGCUACUUUUUGUAUGAAGCCCCAACAUUUGCCAGUUUUUACUUGGCCGUGGCGGAGCUAGAAAUUGUGAAUGACGGGUUGAUUUAAAUUGUUGUAAUUGGAGGUUAAAGGAUUAGGGCUAUUAUAAUCGUUUGAUUUAUAUAUAUAUGUGGUUUUACAUAUAUUUUAAAUUGAAAAGGGCUACAACACCUAGAUCCGCCAAUAUUACACGGUGGUGUGAGUAGGGGUGUACUACAGUCCGGUUUGGACUGAACCAAAAAUUAAUGAAAACCGCGGUAUAAUAGUGUAAAAUAGAAGAUCUCCUAGGAUCAAGGACAGGAGCAACAGUGUAUUCAGUCUGGGCCAAUUUUCUUCAAUAUUUAUACACAAUUCUUGGAGAUCAAGGAAUGAUCACAUUGUAUUCUAUUCGGUAUAGUCUUAUUCAAGCAUAAGUUUAAUUCGAUGCACGGUACGGACCAAUCACACUACUAGUAGCCCAGUAGUGAGCAAGUUGGGGGGUGGGGGGGGGGGGGGGGGGGGGGUGGUGGUGGUAAAGUUUGUGCGACGGUGGGGUGAAGCUUCCACGGCGCUCCCCUGCUCUCCACGUCCGGACAAAGGCCGUAAGUAAGUAACCCACUGAAAUGAUUUGGUGGGCAUAGACUGGCAUUUUCAGCAACCAAAUUAUGUGCUGUCCAAUUAGGAGUUUAAGGUCCCUUUCCUCCACAUACGUUUUCUUGUGUAAGCCUAUCAUUUUGUCAUUUUGUCUUGGGAUAUUUAAAGACGGGGGGAAACUGGAAAGUGGACUGUGCUAGUUGUAUGGAUGUGUUUAGGGGGAAAAGGUUAGGGAAGAAGAGAAUGGAAUUGUGUCGACUAGUUGGACAAAUUGUGAUAGUUGGGAAUGAAUUGGAUCUUUCUAU